AUGAUUGCCAUGUACUCCUUCCUUUAUAUCUCCUUGAGACCCAGUGGACUGAAUGGGAUAGUGGCAGGACUGUUGCCAUCCAUAGCCCUGUCUGCUGUCUCCUGGUACAUCAAGAAAAAGCUCCUGAAUAGCGUAUCAGGUUCAUCCAAGACCCCAGUAGGUCAGUUGGAGUAUGGGACGAUGUGCAAACCAGUGAACGACGGAGGAGAGGAUCAAGCUGACACCAAUGGUGCUGAUUAUCAGACUCUUAUGCCAUGA